AUUUACUAAAAUGCAUCAUCAAUUCUUUAUUUUAGAAUUGAACUCUGCUCAAUUGUUUGAUUGUUAUUUAUACCUAAUGGUCAUUUAACGCGAUUGCACUAUGCUCAACAUCACGAGGUUUAUUUUUAGGCUUUGGUUUUUUCGAUUUUUCUGUACAUUGUGUCCAGGCACGCUUCUCAUUUGGCCAAUUCAUUAUAGCCCCCACAAUUAGGCUAACUGCUGAGCGGUCCCUGGGAAAUAUAUGGCUAAUUAAUGGCGCUUUUCAGAAGUGUUACGUGUAAUUACUACAACUACAUUGUUUGGCGACAAAGAAAAUCGCACUUUAAUGCCAAUUUCGCUGGCCAAUUAAUGGAAUGUGUAAAAAGGGGCUUGUCAUCAACCGGCGACGGCGGUGACCAGUUGGAAAACCUGUUGCUGACUCAGUGCUCUUUCAAGUGAAACGCUCAGUGGGUGUGGAAAAUUCGUGUGGAAAGCUCACUGAAAAGUGCACCUAAUGUUUAAGAAAACUCAUUGCAACGCAUAAUAGCAAUAUUGGCUUUAUAAUUGAAUGGUUUUUGUUUCCAUCUGGUCAUGUAAUCCCAUUCCCUUCAACGGAGUUGGUGGCAGAAACUUCUACCGAUAAAAUUGAUCCUGUAAUUAACCUCUUUUCCGCGUGGAAAUUGAUGUGCCCCAGUGGCAAACCGCCUACUAGGCAAUUGGUUGCAAUUUUCUAAAUAUAGCCCAACCCAUUAAAGUCACUUAGAAUGCAAAGCCGACAGCGCGGACUCGUUUCAAUUGGCGCAAGUAAAAGUGAAUUUAAAAGUGGUUUUCCUUUUUUUCCGCUCAGCCUGCGCCAGCUGCACAGAGUUCAUUCAUCCAAUUUCGCGUUGUUUGUGCCAAAGUCGACUUCCGCAUAUGGUCCACCAUCGUUGCGCCCCCUUUGGCCGCCCCAAAAUCCAGUGAAAAGCGAAAGUGCGACUGGGGCCGCCUGCAUUUGCCCCUCCUCGCUGUCCAUUUAAUCAUUGCAAAUUUUAUGCAAUCUGCCAACGGCCACCAGUGUGUGUGUGUGUGUGCUGAUCUUUUUAUAAGCACUUUGUGUGUGCCAUAUAUCAAAAAGCAGAUCAUGUCGCGCAUUUUUCAUAUGUAAUUCAAUUUGAUUAAAUGCGCGUAGCGUGCGCCAAAAGUGCAUUGACUCCGAAGGCUGAUGCGCUGCAUUUGGCUGGCCUGAUGCGUCUGAAAAAUAGAAAAAUUAGUCUAAUCGAAUUGGGGGAAGUACACCCAUAACAAAGAUCUAAUAAGACCCCCAACGGAGAGUUAAUGUAUUGCAAUGCAUACUAUAUGCAAUGCGAUGGCACGCGAUUCGUUCAUUUGUCGGUGACUACUUGGUCCCCAAUGCAGGCAGAUAUCUUCUUUAACUCAACUUUCUUUGUUACUUUUGCUUCAACCCAAAGGAAGUCGUCGAAGUUUUUUCUGACAUUUUACAGGGGUUUCCUCCAACAACAAAUCAAUAAACAAUCUCUAAUUAGCGAAUUCCCUAGUUUUAAAUGGGAAAAUAUACUUUAAAGGAUCAAUUCGUCUAGCAUUUAAUCGAUACAUUUUAUUUCCUUCGCUUUUCGUCGGCCGACAAAAAUAGGUGCAGCAAUCUGAUUGCGAGGUAACCAGUUCAAUUAGUGAAAGUCAGAGUCGCCGGCAUUUGCUUUAUGCAACUUCAUUUUAUCGACCAAACAAGACGGCUGCCUCAGCAGCUUUCUUUUAAAAAUCCCGCCAAAAUUCAGUGUUGUCAAACGCAAUACCGAAAUGCGACUAGGUGGCAACGCCGCGGCGGCAUGUUUUCUUGUUUUCGCAAAUAGCGUGCGGCGUUGAAAUUCCUGAAGCUCGCUGGAAAUUGUGCCGAAAAUGAGCGCGCUUAGCAGUAAACUGCUCCUGAAACGGAUGCCCUGCUCGCUGGAAGAACUGGCGCAGCUGAUCCGUGAGUGCAAGCUCAUCCUGCCGCGCUCACUGAACACCUACGGCCGAAAAAGGGUGCUCCUCGAGUAUAGCGACCCGGAGGAGGCGGCAAAAGCGCUGGAGCAACUGCAGGUUCUCAGCGAAUCGCUGGACAAGCCGCUGUGCAUCAGUGUCUUUGGACCGCGGCCCACUUCAGGAGCCCCCAGUGCCAGCAGCAAAUCCACGCAGACGAAGGCAGCUGGAAAUGGAGGCGCUGUUUCUGGCCUUCCGGAUAUCGACAAGUACGUUCGAAGGCUUUACGCCUGCAAUAAUCAGUGCGACUUCACACAGCCGCCGCCGCCAUAUCUCAGCUACAGCUAUCCACCCAUUAACGGGGAGAUCCUAGCCAGGAUCGGUCAGAGUCUGCAGACAAAUCCCCACUUCUAUAACCAAGUUUUGCACCUAAUGAAUCGCAUGAAUCUGGAGCCACCCUUUGAAAAGCGACCCAAUGGACUGAUGGUUCAGAUGCGUCUCCAGCACGUGGGCACUCAAACCGAGCUGAUACCCAGCGAAUCGGAAAGCGAGUUGGAGAGCGACGAUGGGGAGCAAAAGUUGGCCAAAAGGCAGCGACUGCUUCUAGCUCCUGCGAGCGAAGAAGCCCGUGCCAAGACUCUCAAACGGGCACGCCAAAUGCUACAGCAAGCUGCCCAUCUAGCUAGUCACGCUAAGCCCAAACUGACUGUUCAAAAACCCUCGUUUGACGCACCCAAAAUCGACAUAAAACUGCCCGAAACCCUAGUACCACCUUCGAUAAACCCAGAAAGACGUGAAUCUAUAUCACAGCCAGAAAGUGGUGCAUCCACUUCAAAGUCAGAGAGGCGUCUGUCCACCAGUCAGCUCGAAGCUCUGCCGGUCUAUAAGAACUACAAGACCGGCGAUCCCAGCAACAAAUUGUACAUUAAGAACCUGGCGAAGACCGUGGAUGAACAGCAGCUGAGGGAUCUGUAUGCCAAGUACACUGCAGCGAGUAAUUUGGACAUCAAGGUCAUGCAGCAGGGUCGCAUGAAAGGGCAGGCUUUCGUGACCUUCCUCGAUGCCAACAAUCCGGAGAUUAUAGCCCAGGCGCUAAACGAAACCAAUGGACUUUUGUGGCACGACAAACCCAUGAUCGUCUGCUACGGCAAACAGCAAUAGGAGCAGUCAAGAGAUGUGGGAGAAGGCAACUGGGCCUGAUCGAUACCAUAUACGUCGACGGAGCUCGCCCAGAUCCAAAUAACGAUCCCGAGGAGUUGU